AUGAAACAUCUCAUGAGAAAGAGGUAUGUUCCAUCACAUUUCCAUCGGGAUUUACAUAGACGAUAUCGUAAGUUGGCGCAGGGGAGCAGAUCGGUUGAAGACUACUUUGAGGAGUUUGAGCAUCUUCGAAAUCGAUUGGAGAUAGAAGAGGAUGAUGAGACUGUUAUGGCUCAAUUCCUAGACGGACUACAAGAAUGCAUUGCUAGAAAGGUAGAGAGACACGUUUACCAUGAUAUCCAUGAUCUUUUACAUCUUGCUAUUCAAAUAGAGCAGCAGAUACACAAGAAGCAAGCUAGGACAAACCGAAUCAGAAUGCCUAGCAAUGUGUAUCUGAGAACCGAGAGCAAAGGACACAACAUGCCCACCUCAAAACCUGUUCAAGAGGAUCCAAAGAACAAAGGAAAGGGCAUUGCAACAUCCAAAGGUGAAACUUCUGUAAGUAACAAAUCUAACACUCCGAGCCACGAGAUUGUUUGUUACAAGUGCAGGGGUCGAGGACAUUAUGCUCGUGAUUGUCCAAACAAGCGUGUAAUGGUCAUUACCGAGGCUGGAGAUUAUGAUUCUUGGGAUGAGGAAGAGGCUGAAAAUCUGGAAGAAGAAGUUGAGUAUCCGGACAGCGGGGAGCUACUUGUCACACGGCGAGUCUUGAGCACCAUGACUACCCCAGAAGAAACCGCACAACGUGAAACCAUUUUCCACAGCCGAUGUACCGUGAAGAACAAGGUAUGUGGGUUAAUCAUAGAUAGCGGUUCCUGCACUAAUGUUGCUAGUGUUUACAUGGUGAAGAAGCUAGGGCUCGAAACGGAAAAGCAUCCACACCCUUAUAAGCUACAGUGGCUGAACAACCAAGGAGAGCUUAAGGUGAAUGAACGGGUGAAAAUCUCGUUUAGCAUUGGGAGAUACCAAGAUGAGGUAAUGUGCGAUGUGGUUCCUAUGCAAGCUGGUUAUAUUCUCCUUGGAAGACCAUGGCAAUUCGACCAAGAGGUUAAGCACGAUGGUAGGACAAAUCACUACUCUUUCAUGUUUAACAAGCGUAAGAUCUCAUUAGCACCUCUUAGCCCUUUACAAAUACAUGAAAUGCAAUUGAGGUUGUCUAAGGAAGUUGAGGAUAGCAAGAAACCGAAUUUCUAUGUCAAACCGAGCAUGGUAAGUAAAGCUUUGGUUGAUGAACGAGCUGUACUACUCAUGGUCUUUAAAGAUGUUUUGAGUACAAGAUUCGAAGAGAAAGAGCUUCCUUUCGAGAUCACACGGAUUCUAGAACGGUUUAAGGAUGUAUUUCCGGAAGAAACUCCACCGGGGCUACCACCAACGAGAGGAAUCGAGCAUCAAAUCGAUUUGAUCCCGGGAACACCUCUUCCAAACAGACCCGCGUAUCGAAUGAACCCCGAAGAGACCAAAGAGCUACAAAAACAGGUACAAGAGUUAUUGGAAAAGGGUUAUAUUCGUGAAAGUUUGAGUCCAUGUGCAGUUCCCGUUUUACUCGUCCCAAAGAAAGAUGGAACAUGGAGGAUGUGCGUGGAUUGUCGGGCUAUCAACAAUAUCACAGUCAAAUACCGACAUCCUAUCCCGCGUUUCGACGACAUGUUGGACGAGCUUAGUGGAGCCACUAUCUUCUCAAAGGUAGAUCUAAAAAGCGGUUAUCACCAAGUCAGAAUGCGCAAAGGUAACGAAUGGAGAUGA